AUGUCCACUCGUAAGAGAAAGCAAGAGCUUGAUGAAGAGGAGGAGCUCCAGGCGCUUCCUAGCGACGAGAGCGAGGAAGAGGAAGAGUACGAAAGCACCGAAGGCGAGGGCGAAGGUGAAAGCGGAGGCAGCGAAGAUGAAGAUGACCUCUCCGAGGAAGAGCUUGAGGAGGAGCCCGAGGAGGAGCCCAAAGCUCAGGGUCCGCCUGCCCCGAAGAAGCGAAAGACGGCUGCCGCGCCAAAGGCCGAAGACGAGGACGAAGAUGAACUAGAGGAGGCCGAGGCUGAAGCCGAAGCAAACGGCAAAGCAGGCGGCGACGAAAAUGGCCUCGAGUAUGAUGAGGGCGAGGAUGACGAGGAUGCAGAGGCCGAAGGUGAUGAGGAUGAGGAGGAGGCUGACGAGACGGCGAAGACCAGCGCCCCCGCCGCAAAGGUGAAGGGUGACGCUGCCGUCGCCGCUGAAGAAUCCAAGGCUCCUGUCGAGGCGAAGGCUUGA